CGAGCAACGAGCUGUGCCUGAAACGAAAUGAGGUCAUUUGACCAACGAUAGUUUUUGGGGUUUUACCAGGUUUUAACAUGGCAUCAGCGGCUAGGACACAUGAGGGGGCGUGAACGGGACAUGUGCUCUUUAAUGCAGAUUAUUACAUACCCAGCUGAUCUGAGAAUGAACGGAAAUCGACUAAAUUGAACAAGACAUUUAUAUUGCGCGAUCCAAAACUAGAAUUAUUGACAUUAAUGGCGGCACGAAAACGAUCCAAAAGGGACGAUACUGCCUCCGAUAUAGAGGCUGCGCUGAUACUGUCUUCUUUGGCGACAGCCGGGAGAAAUAGCGACAGGAACUUUACGAAUGAUUUAAACGGAAUACAGAGUGCUGAGAAUGGGUUCCAAACCCGUCCGAACGCCUUGGUUCAAGGUUCGGAGUCCUUAAAUAUCACAUGUGGAACUAGUGCAGCCACUCCUCCAAGCGCAACAUCUCCCGAUAAGUCAACCACUCGGCGUUCCUCUCGAGCUGGACGUGGCCGCCAUUCAAGAAGCACGGAGGAUUUUGAAAUUACUGCUGCCCCAUCAAAAAAGCCGCGAGGGGGCGGUUCAGGUGGUAAAAGGGGCGCGGGGAGGGGGAGAAGGACAAGUAAAACGAACACUGCUUCUAAUGGCACCAUGUUAAUAUCGAACCAGCCCCCCGUGGGGCCCUCAGUCCUGUCAGCCUUAGAAUUAAGACUUGGGCCACGUCCAGCAGCCCCUAAACAGCAGUCCUUAACAGAGGGUGGUGUUAAGUCCCCCGACCACCCACAUACGGUGGACAGUGCAGUGUCCUCUCCGGCCAGUAAUCCCUCAAGUGUGGACACUGCCAUAAUCAGCAGCAUUGGCAGUGAGACCAGCGGAAGGGGGACACCAAGUUUUAUGACGAAUAUAAGACUGCCGCCGAAGAAACGGAGAUUUAUUGCAGAGAACGCAGAAACAGAUGCAAACCAGAUGAAAGUUGCACAGAGCAGUCCUGAGAAGACUCCACUCAGCAGUGCUUCCGCGAGUGUGCCAGCCAUUACCACUGCCCCCAGCCUACAGCCUGCCAUAUACAACACAGCCACCAGCGCAACUGUCAUGGCGGUUGAUCCACAGCAGAGCUUGAUUAUGCUUGCAGAAUGUCAGAUGGCUCUCAGAAAGGAUGAGGAUGGGGACUUGCCUCUUCACAUCGCAGUGGUACAGGAGGAGGCAGAAGCUGUGGAGAAGUUAAUUCAACUCAUGAAGAUGUCCAAUGUGUCAGUGGAUGUGUAUAAUAAACUGCGACAGACUCCCCUUCACUUGGCUGUGAUCACCCAGCAAUGGCAGCUAGUGGUGAAACUCCUGCAGCAUGGCGCCACCACAGCCUUACCGAACCGCCAUGGACAGAACGCCUUCCAUCUUGCCGCAAAACGGCCGCCUAAUGACUGCCUCAAGAUUCUCUUACGCCAGUCGGACAUUCAGUCGGAGAUAAACGCCAGGGAUUACGAAGGUGGUAUGAUCAAUGAUUUGUGUGCUCUGGUGUGAUUUGCUGGCUCUUCUUGUGUCACUGUCUUUCCUAGCUCUAGGUGAAUUGGUUGCCAUUCACUUAUAUUACUGUGCUGUGAUAUAUUGUGCCAUAAAGAUUGUAAUCACAGACAUCACUUGUGUAGAUGUAGGCUUGGUAGUAUUGUAGA